AUGGACCGUUCCGCAUUCAAACCUGCCUACAAAGGCGCUAUGAGAUACAACAACCUCGGAAAAUCAGGCCUGAAAAUCUCCAAGAUAGUCCUAGGCGCAAUGUCCUUCGGAAACUCAGAGGGCUGGCACAUCCCCGAAGAAAAAGCCCUUCCAGUUCUCAAAGAAGCCUACGAUAAAGGAAUCAACACAUGGGACACGGCAGACGUCUACUCCUUCGGCGAGUCAGAACGCAUAGUCGGCAAAGCCCUAAAGGAAUACAACAUCCCGCGCGAACGCGUGGUAAUCCUAUCCAAAUGCUACGCCGGACUCCCGAACCCAGGCGACAUGGACGGGCUAUCAGAUAUCGAAAAGAUGUCUGUUAUGAUCGCCAAUGACGGGAUAAUGGUUAACCGAAUCGGUCUUUCUCGCAAGCAUAUCUUCGAUGCGGUAGAUGCCAGUGUCGAGAGACUCGGGACAUAUAUGGAUGUGUUGCAGAUCCAUCGGCUUGAUCGGGAUACCCCCCGUGAGGAGAUCAUGAAGGCUCUGAAUGAUGUUGUUGAGAGUGGGAAGGUGCGGUAUCUCGGUGCUAGUUCGGUUAGUGGAAUCACCUACUAUUCUCUCUUUUCUUCUAGUUUCCUUUCUGUUGGCGUUCCCUUACUGACACCUGCACUCUUCUCGGAACAGAUGCACGCCUGGGAAUUCCAAGCAUUGAAUAACAUUGCCUCAGAGAAUGGCUGGCACAAAUUCAUCAGUAUGCAGGAUUACUACUCCCUCCUCCACCGCGAAGAAGAGCGCGAAAUGCACCCCUACUGCCGUGAUGCCGGAAUUGGGAUUAUCCCCUGGUCGCCUCUGUCGCGUGGUCUCCUUACGCGCCCUUACCAGGCGACGCAGGAGCAGCCGACUGUGCGGCAGGGAACGGAUUUCACGGCUGAGUGGUUGAUGGGUGGGACGACGGAGGCGGAUAUCGCUAUUAUCAACCGAGUUGAGGAAUUGGCGCAGGAGAAGGGGUGUAGUAUGGCGCAGAUUGGGAUUGUGUGGUGUCUGGUUAAGGGGGUUAAUCCUAUUGUUGGGUUGUCGAGUUCGAAGAGGCUUGAUGAGGCUGUGCAGGCUGUAGCCUUGUUUGAGGGUGGGGUGUUGACUGAGGCGGAUGUGAAGUCGUUGGAUGAUCUUUAUGUUCCUAAGAUGGCUUUGUCGGGGACUUGGUGA